GCGCCACAGCGAGCGAGCGAGGAGGGGGAGAGAGGGAGUCUGUCUGCAAAGUGCUGCUCCCUGGUGCUCAGAGGCGGCUGCUCCAGCUCCAACUCUCAUUCAUUUCGCCGGUUAACAUGAGAGAUCAUGGCCGCCUUCGGGCUUCUCAGCUAUGAGCAGAGACCGCUGAAACGCCCCCGGCUCGGGCCGCCCGACGUCUACCCGCAGGACCCCAAGCAGAAGGAGGAUGAACUUACUGCUGUGAAUGUGAAACAAGGCUUCAACAAUCAGCCAGCCUUUACUGGAGAUGAACAUGGCUCAGCCAGAAAUAUUGUAAUUAACCCAUCAAAGUUCGGUUACUACGAAAUGCCACAGUCGUUCACAGAAGCUCCCUUUGCUACUUUAUUCCAUUCAGAGCAGAUUGCAGCUUAUUUCAGCAGCAUAUUAGCUGAGAAACUAAAGCUUAACACUUUCCAGGACACCGGAAAGAAGAAACCACAAGUUAAUGCUAAAGAUAAUUACUGGCUGGUUACUGCUCGAUCCCAGAGUGCAAUUCAUAGUUGGUUCUCUGACUUAGCAGGAAAUAAACCACUUGCUAUUUUGGCAAAAAAGGAGCUGCCUCUGGCCAAGUCAGGUGUUCCUCAGGUUCCAAUCCUUAGUAAAAAAGAAGAUGUUUUUGCAUAUUUAGCUAAAUAUUCAGUGCCAAUGGUUCGAGCCACGUGGCUGAUCAAGAUGACGUGUGCCUAUUAUUCUGCUAUUUCUGAAGCUAAAAUUAAGAAACGUCAGGCUACUGAUCCUAAUUUGGAGUGGACACAAAUAUCUACCAGAUAUCUUCGAGAGCAGCUGGCCAAGAUUUCUGACUUUUACCACAUGGCUUCCAGCACAAGUGACGGUCCUGUCCCGGUGCCACCAGAUGUGGAGCAAGCCAUGAAGCAAUGGGAAUACAACGAAAAGUUGGCAUUUCACAUGUUCCAGGAAGGAAUGCUAGAAAAACAUGAAUAUUUGACAUGGAUCUUGGAUGUGUUAGAGAAGAUCAGACCGAUGGAUGAUGACCUUCUUAAACUCUUGUUACCACUCAUGCUGCAGUAUUCGGACGAGUUUGUUCAGUCGGCUUACCUGUCUCGUCGUCUUGCCUACUUUUGUGCCCGGCGUCUUGCCUUGCUGCUGAGCGAUAGCCCCAGCCUCCUUGCUGCCCACUCGCCCCACAUGAUGAUAGGACCAAACAACUCAAGCAUCGGGGCCCCCAGCCCUGGCCCCCCUGGCCCCGUCAUGAGUCCCGUGCAGCUGGCCUUCUCAGACUUCCUCUCCUGUGCACAGCAUGGCCCCCUGGUUUAUGGACUUAGUUGUAUGUUGCAGACUGUCACUCUCUGUUGCCCAAGUGCCUUGGUGUGGAAUUAUUCCACAAACGACAAUAAGAGCGCGAACCCAGGCUCGCCCCUGGAUCUGCUGCAGGUGGCCCCCUCCAGUCUCCCCAUGCCGGGUGGGAACACAGCUUUCAAUCAGCAGGUUCGGGCAAGGAUUUAUGAGGUAGAACAGCAGAUAAAACAAAGAGGCCGUGCAGUGGAAGUUCGGUGGUCUUUUGACAAGUGCCAAGAGUCAACAGCAGGGGUGACCAUUAGUCGGGUUUUGCACACGUUGGAAGUGUUGGAUCGACAUUGUUUUGACCGAACUGAUUCCAGCAAUUCAAUGGAGACGCUUUAUCAUAAGAUUUUCUGGGCAAACCAAAACAAAGAUAACCAAGAGGUCGCCCCCAAUGAUGAAGCUGUGGUGACCUUGCUGUGUGAAUGGGCGGUGAGCUGCAAACGGUCAGGCAAACACAGGGCCAUGGCUGUGGCAAAACUCUUGGAGAAGAGGCAGGCGGAAAUCGAAGCAGAGAGGUGUGGUGAAUCAGAGGUCUUGGAUGAGAAGGAGUCCAUUUCUUCAGCCUCUCUUGCUGGAUCUAGUUUGCCUGUUUUCCAGAAUGUGCUACUAAGGUUUUUAGAUACACAGGCCCCCUCAUUAUCGGAUCCAAACAGUGAAUGUGAAAAAGUCGAAUUUGUGAAUUUGGUGCUGCUCUUCUGUGAGUUCAUCCGACACGAUGUCUUCUCCCAUGAUGCAUACAUGUGUACCCUCAUAUCUCGGGGAGACUUGUCAGUCAGCGCCUCGACUCGGCCGCGAUCGCCAGCAGGAGAAAAUGUAGAUGAGCACUAUCCAAAGGACCAUGACAUGAAAAUGGAGGAACAGACUAUUAUGGCGCAUAUGGGCAUUGACUCAGGAACUACUAAUAUUUUUGAUGAAGUAGACAAGAAUGACUUUAAAACUGACUUUGGUUCGGAGUUUCCAAUUUUUUCUCCCAUGCCUGGAGAAUCCUGUGAGAAUGCCAACCCUUCCUUGGGCAGAAGAAUGUCGGUUAAUGGUGAGAAGUUGCUUAAGAGAGAAAAACCCAGGGAGCUGAUUUUUCCAUCUAAUUAUGACCUUCUGCGGCACCUGCAGUAUGCAACACAUUUCCCCAUACCUCUGGAUGAAUCUUCAAGUCAUGAAUGUAACCAGCGCACAAUCCUGCUUUAUGGAGUGGGCAAAGAGCGUGACGAAGCGAAGCAUCAGCUGAAGAAGAUUACCAAAGAUAUUUUGAAAAUCCUAAAUAAGAAGAGCACCACAGAGACAGGGGUUGGAGAUGAAGGACAAAAAACCAGGAAGAACAAACAGGAAGCAUUUCCAACUCUGGAGACUGUAUUCACAAAACUUCAGCUCCUUUCAUAUUUUGAUCAGCAUCAAGUGACAUCUCAGAUCUCCAAUAAUGUGCUGGAACAAAUCACAAGCUUCGCUUCAGGAACAUCGUAUCAUCUCCCUUUGGCUCACCAUAUUCAACUCAUCUUUGAUCUUAUGGAGCCAGCGCUGAACAUCAAUGGACUAAUUGACUUCGCAAUACAGCUGCUAAAUGAACUGAGUGUUGUGGAAGCCGAACUGCUCCUGAAAUCCUCCAGCCUGGCAGGAAGUUACACGACGGGACUGUGUGUGUGCAUUGUGGCUGUUCUCAGGCGGUACCAUAGUUGUCUGAUCCUGAAUCCUGAUCAGACAGCCCAGGUGUUUGAAGGGUUGUGUGGUGUGGUAAAGCAUGUUGUGAACCCCUCAGAAUGUUCUUCCCCCGAGAGAUGCAUCUUAGCCUACCUCUACGAUCUCUAUGUGUCAUGUAGCCACCUCAGAAGUAAAUUUGGAGACCUCUUCAGUAGUGCCUGUUCAAAAGUUAAGCAAACCAUAUAUAAUAAUGUGAUGCCUGCAAAUUCUAACUUGAGAUGGGAUCCGGACUUCAUGAUGGAUUUUAUUGAGAAUCCUUCAGCUCGUAGCAUCAAUUACUCAAUGCUGGGCAAGAUCCUUAGUGACAAUGCAGCCAAUCGCUACAGCUUCGUCUGUAACACGCUCAUGAAUGUAUGUAUGGGCCAUCAGGAUGCUGGAAGGAUUAACGACAUAGCCAAUUUCUCCUCUGAGCUGACAGCUUGCUGCACUGUUCUUAGUUCAGAAUGGCUGGGAGUUCUGAAGGCUCUUUGUUGUUCUUCAAAUCAUGUGUGGGGGUUUAAUGAUGUACUUUGCACUGUAGAUGUGAGUGACCUUUCAUUCCAUGAUUCAUUAGCUACUUUCAUUGCUAUUCUGAUAGCACGACAGUGUUUCUCCCUGGAGGACGUCGUGCAGCACGUCGCACUUCCCUCUCUCCUAGCAGCAGCUUGUGGAGAUGCAGAUGCUGAGCCGGGGGCGAGAAUGACAUGCCGACUCCUGCUUCAUCUCUUCCGAGCUCCCCAGGCCUGCUUGUUACCUCAAGCAACCGGUGAGCCGACAGCUAUAAAAUCCCCAACUGCAUGUUCAUUUGGAGGCAAACCUUUCCCUGGAAUAAGAUCAUCUUGUGAUAGACACCUCUUAGCCGCCGCUCACAAUAGCAUUGAAGUGGGAGCCGUGUUUGCUGUCUUAAAAGCAAUUAUGAUGCUUGGAGAUGCCAAAAUUGGCAAUAACAAUGUCAGCUCUUUAAAGAAUGAUGACUUCACCAUGAGAGGUUUACGACGUGAUGGGAAUGCUGAUGAUAUCUGGACUGCUUCACAAAAUUCAAAAUCCUGUGGGAAAAGCAUUUCCAUAGAAACUGCCAAUUUAAGAGAAUAUGCUAGAUAUGUACUGAGGACUAUCUGUCAACAGGAAUGGGUAGGAGAACAUUGCCUAAAAGAACCUGAAAGAUUGUGCACAGACAAAGAGCUUAUAUUGGACCCUGUGCUUUCAAAUAUGCAAGCACAGAAAUUAUUGCAGCUUAUUUGUUAUCCUCAUGGUAUUAAAGAAUGUACGGAGGGCGACAAUCUGCAGAGACAGCACAUUAAGCGCAUUCUUCAGAAUCUUGAGCAAUGGACGCUGAGGCAGUCCUGGCUAGAACUUCAGUUAAUGAUCAAACAGUGCUUGAAGGACCCUGGCUCUGGUUCAGUGGCUGAGAUGAACAACUUACUGGACAAUAUUGCAAAGGCAACAAUAGAGGUAUUCCAGCAGUCUGCCGACUUGAACAAUAAUUCUUCUAAUUCUGGAAUGGGCCUCUUCAACCCAAAUGGGAUUGCAACUACUGAUGCUGGUAGCACAAGGCAGAAUGGAAUUAAGACAUUUCUAAGUUCCUCUGAACGCAGGGGUGUAUGGCUGGUGGCCCCCCUAAUUGCCAGGCUGCCGACCUCUGUGCAAGGAAGAGUAUUGAAAGCUGCAGGAGAGGAACUGGAGAAGGGACAGCACUUGGGCUCUUCUUCAAAAAAGGAAAGAGACAGACAAAAACAGAAAAGUAUGUCUCUUUUGAGUCAACAACCUUUCCUCUCACUGGUCCUUACCUGCCUUAAGGGACAAGAUGAACAACGGGAAGGCCUCCUAACAUCUCUUCAGAAUCAGGUUAAUCAGAUUUUAAGUAAUUGGAGAGAAGAACGAUACCAGGAUGACAUAAAAGCACGGCAGAUGAUGCAUGAAGCAUUGCAACUUCGCCUAAAUUUGGUAGGAGGAAUGUUUGACACGGUGCAGAGGAGCACCCAGUGGACAACAGACUGGGCCCUCCUCCUGCUUCAGAUCAUAACUUCUGGAACUGUUGACAUGCACACUAACAAUGAAUUAUUCACAACAGUUCUUGACAUGCUGGGUGUGUUAAUCAAUGGAACAUUAGCCUCAGACCUAUCAAAUGCAUCCCCAGGGGGAUCUGAAGAGAACAAACGUGCAUACAUGAAUUUAGUAAAGAAACUGAAGAAAGAGCUAGGAGACAAGAGAUCAGAAAGUAUUGACAAAGUUCGACAGUUGCUACCUUUGCCCAAACAGACAUGUGAUGUCAUUACUUGUGAACCUAUGGGUUCCUUGAUUGACACAAAGGGAAACAAAAUUGCUGGAUUCGACUCUAUAGAUAAAAAACAGGGUCUCCAGGUGUCUACAAAGCAGAAGGUGUCCCCAUGGGAUUUGUUUGAGGGUCAGAAGAACCCAGCUCCUCUGUCUUGGGCCUGGUUCGGGACUGUCCGAGUGGACCGAAAGGUGAUCAAGUACGAGGAGCAGCAUCACCUGCUGUUGUAUCACACACACCCCAUGCCCAAGCCCCGAAGUUACUACCUCGAACCGCUGCCCCUGCCUCCCGAGGAGGAAGAGGAGGAGCCCACAUCUCCCAUCUCUCAGGAACCAGAGCGGAAAUCAGCUGAGCUGUCAGAUCAGGGAAAAACCGCAACAGAUGAAGAGAAGAAAACAAAAGGAAGGAAGCGCAAGACGAAAUCAAGCUCAAGAGUUGACGAGUAUCCACAGAGCAACAUAUACCGAGUGCCUCCUAACUACUCACCCAUUUCCUCCCAGAUGAUGCACCAUCCGCAGUCCACCUUAUGGGGCUAUAACCUCAUGGGUCAGCCCCAGCAGCCGGGUUUUUUCCUUCAGAACCAAUCUCUUACUCCAGGUGGUUCUAGAUUGGACCCCACGGGCUCCUUCGUCCCAACGAAUACCAAACAAGCUCUGUCCAACAUGCUGCAGCGGCGCUCGGGGGCCAUGAUGCAGCCGCCGCCCCUCCACGCCAUCACAUCGCAGCAGCAGCUGAUACAGAUGAAGCUUCUGCAGCAGCAGCAGCAGCAGCGGCUUCUCCGGCAAGCCCAGGCUCGACCUUUCCAGCAGGGCCCACCAGGGGACCAGGCUGCUCUCUUUGCUGCACAAGCACGGCCCUCCCCUCAGCUCCCCCAGUAUCCAGGGCUGCAGCAAGCACAGACCAUGCCCCAGGGCUAUACGAUGUAUGGAACGCAGAUGCCUUUGCAGCAGACCCCUCAGCAGCAGGCUGGUGGCGUGGUCCUGUCUCCUAGCUAUAACUCCAGGACCUAUCCGGCCACACAUUCCAACCCGGCGCUAAUGGAAAGACUCAGACAGAUGCAGCAGCAGCCCAGUGGCUAUGUUCAGCAGCAGGCGUCACCGUACCUGCAGCCCUUGACCAGCUCUCAGAGACUAAAUCAUCAGUCGCUUCAGCAGAGCCCUCUGGUAGGUGGAGGAAUCGAUGCAGUGCUCACUCCCACGCAUCCAAGCCUCCCCUCGGUGCCCCUGCCUCAGGACCCAAUGAGAACCAGACAGCCGCAGGUUCGACAGCAGCAGAGACUCCUCCAGAUGCAGCAGCACCCCCAGCCCCAGCAGCCCCCGCAGCCCCAGAGUCAGACCCUUGGUCUCCAAGCAAUGCAGCCCCAGCAGCCUUUGUUUCCCAGGCAAGGCUUGCAGCAGACCCAGCAGCAGCAACAGACGGCCGCCCUGGUGCGGCAGCUCCAGAAGCAGCUUUCUAGUAACCAGCCACAGCAAGGAGUGACUCCCUAUGGGCAUCCAUCACACUUCUGAAUCUGGAAGAGGACAAGACCUAAAGUUUUAUGUUUGCACUGAAAAAUAGAAAAUCAAAUUUAAUGCAUCAGUCAUCUUUAGAAAUGUCCCUAUGUUCUUUUCUUUCUUUGAAGUUUUUCUAUAUUUUGUGCUACAUUUCAUGUAGAGGCAUUUAAACAAAGAGAAAAGGAGGAGGUGUGGUUUGGGAUUUUUUUGUUACUUUCAACUUUAAAGUAGGUAUAAAAAUGUGGAUCCUUCAGGCCUAUUCAAGGAAGAGCUUGGUAGCAGAUCUUUUGAAAUUGGUGCUUUUUUUUUUUUUUUUUGAAUCUCCUAGAAUGAAUUAUGGUGGAUUUAAAAUAUUCAUGUAUUCAUUAAUGAUGAAGGGUUUUUUUGUAGUUUGUUUUGUUUUGUUUUUUCCCCAAACUGCUGGACCAAACUACUGAUUUGAAAGGCAUGUCCAAUCUUGACAGGAGAGUAAUCCAUUUAUUCUACAUUCACCUGUGAUGGUGAAAUGGACAUCUAUUUGCAUUGCUCUAAUUUGAAAUGUUUGUAAUUUCAUAAGCACUUUAUAAACUUCGUUCUUAUUUAUGUAGGAUUUUUCUUUGCUUUUGUUGUGGUCAAAAGGUGCUGAAACAGAUUGUUGCUUAGUACUUAAAUUUCUUAGAUCAAGAACUUAAACCCAGGCUUCUGUGAGAGCCACCCUAAGAUCUGUGGAAGCCUGUUAGAAGUAGCUGUACUCGAGUUUGUUUUCAGUUACAAGAUCAUUGACCAGAGUCUUUGUGAAGGUACAACAUGUAAAAUUCUAAAGGCCCGAACAAGCCACAGUGGAAUUGUUCCCAUUAUUUAUUGCCAGAUUUGGCAAAAAGGACACUUGGUUCUCCUGAACCUUAUGCCAACUUGAGAACAGUCUUGCCGCUGGCCUGAGAUUCCACAGCGCUCAAACUUGAUGUGGUUUCCAGAGAAUCUGGCCCCCAAGUCCAGAAGGCUCUGGUUUUCAUAAAGGUGUAUUUGCUGUUUAUUUUGUAUGGUAAGUAUUUGCUAUUUUGAAUUUAACUAUUAAUGUUGGUGUCAGUCUUGGUUGUGUAUUGCAUAUACUGUAUUUAUAAAUUGGUGCAAAAAGCACAAGUAAAUUAUACAUCAAAUUUAUUAUAAAGAAAUAGUAACUAUUUUAACUUUGUUCAAGUAUGUGGUAAUUUGCUCCUAUUAGAGUAAAAAAUACAGUAAAUUAUUAUCAGUUUGUGUAACUUAAGAGUAUUCCAUAUAAUAUUUUUUUAGAUUUAGAUGCAUAAAAUUUUGAAUGUGAAAAUUGCAGGGCAUUUUAAAACAUGUGGGGGAUAUUUUCCCAUGUUUUGUGUUAAUUCAUUUUCCUUUGCCAUAUGAUUUUACAUGUAAUGUAGUUGAGCAUACUGUGAAUAGACUUGUCUAUAAUGAGCAAACCACGUAGAACUACUUUUUUAAAACGUAGCUAGAACAACUUUAGAGCGUUUCUUUUGCAGAUCAUUAUAUAAAUAAUUUAUAUCUUCCUAGGUGAGUUACUCAUUGCAAAGUUUGACUCAUGCAAACGACCUCAAAUACAUGUCCGCUUACUUUGCUGUGGCAGCACCCAUGUGAACUGCUUUGUACACUGUGAAAUAAUUCACUCCAGCCUGCUCAUUUCAUGUUUACUCUGGGCUGGAAAAGACUUUGCCAAAACAUUAAAGACCAUUCUUUUCACUAAAUUAACAUAUUCUAUCUGCUUUCGGAAGACAGAUCUUUACAUUUCAACUGGUUUUGUAUAUCAGGUUUUGGGGGUUUUGUGUUUUUUUUUUUUUCCUCUUGAGAAUCAUACUUAGAUUUCAUGAAGUUAUUUUUCUUCAAAGUAAUAUAUCCAUAUACUAAUUGCCUUGGCAAAACAACCGAAAUGUGAAUGUUGUGCCUAGUAAGUGAGUCAUGUUCCGUCCUGAUUUUCUUUUCAAGAAUUAUUGGUAUUUAAAAUGCCAAUUUUCAGUUUGAACCAUAUAUUUUUAUAGUUCAGUAUCGCAAACAGCAGUAAUAUUGUUUCAAGAAUGAGUGUUAUAAUUGCAUAGCAUUUGUAUGCACUUUAUGGUUUGCAUAAGUUAGUGAAAUUAAUUUAUUAAUAAUCAUUUUGCACAUGAAAGCUGUGGGGUAUACCUUUUUUCUUGUUGCGUCCUUUUCUUUUCAGGUGACAAAGCUAAGUUAUGGUGUAAUUCAGAUUCUAUAGAAGGUUGAGGAAAGACCUGGUUUACCCCUGUGCAUUAUAAAGAGAGCAACUGGAAUUUUUAAUGUAGUCUUAGCAUAUUUCCUUCCACUUAAUCCUAUAUCCUAAGGGGUUUCUGUUUUUUUUUUAGCAAAUGCAUUAAUUUGCAUUAAAAUCACAAGGGAAAGCCGUAUCCUUUGCCAGAACCUGGUGGUUUUGCUUUGUAAGAUAGGAAAUUAUCUUAGGAUAAGAUGGAGGACCCUCCCCCCGCCCGCCCCCCCAGGCCUUGUAAAAAUAAGACUUUGAAAUUGGCCAUAAGAAUCCCUUAAAUAUACCUGUUUACACCAUACUCUCAUUCCUAAUAGCUUACCUUUGUCGUUUUAUUUACUCCUCUUGACCCCGAAGUAGAGGAGGUCAUGGGGAGAAUGAGUAUGUUUGACCUCCUGUGGCCACAGGGUACCAACAUCAGAGCUAGUAGCAAUCAGGCCCCCUCUUAUGUGGGGCCAGCUGAAAGUUGGUGUGAUGAAAACACAAUCAGCAGGGGCUAACAUAGUUCUUGGUUUUGUGUGCUGAGGUAUCUGAGCAAGACCUAUGGCAUAUCCUUUUUUUCCCCACUUAAAAUAAAUUACGCUGGAAAAUCCCAGCCUCUAGAAUUAAAAAAAGAUGAAUCAUGUUCCCCCAAAUCAAUUCACAUUGAAUUACAAAAAAGCAACAUUUAAUGUAGGUUUGAUCAAAUUUUAAGUACAAUGAAACUUCAUUAUAUGUAUUUAUGUCUUAGAUCGAGAUUUUUCCAUUUUCCUUUCCCCUAAAGGAUUAUCACUUAAUGAAAUAACUUGCUCCUUAAAGCAAUGGUUCCUCCUCAGAAUAUUUUCCUUAUAAAGAGUUCCAAACCAAGGAUGCCUGAGUUAGAUUUUGAAGUGAUAAAGAAGUUUUGUUGUAUUUUUGAAGGCUUUUUAAUUAGUUUAUCUCAGUAAAGAGGUAAUCAACCCCCCUUUUCACAUUUUAUGAAGUGUAGGUGUUAAGUUGCUUUUUACUUGUGGAAACGUUAGGCUGCCUUUAUUUUAAAUGCAGUUAUUAAAACAUUUUUGUAUUCCCCAUCAAUGAAAAAUUUCAGUGUACACAAUAAUCAUAAUAAAAACAGUGCUUAUUUUCUCUAGGUUUUACUAAAAUAUUUCUAAACCAGCCACAAAAUAUCCACACAUCAAAAUGAUAAAUUUACAUCAAGACUGCAAAUUUAAUCUUUCCAUUGUCUCUUCUUAGUGCCAUGCUUGUAACAUUGAUAGAAGGUGGACACUAGGCAGCUGGUAGUAAGAGAAAAAGUCCAUUCUUGAAUGAAGAAUUCAGAUACGUUAGCCAUUUGUUAUUUUAUGGUGGACAGUUUUACCUUAAUGUUCAUUGUUAUUUGUUGGCAAAAUAAAAGUGCCUUAA